GUGACUUGGCAAUUGCCAAGUUGUUGUCGGGACCGGUGCCUGGGGAAAAAGCGGGUGUCCUUGACAAGUUCCGGGUCAAUUUGCCGGCCCCCACAAUGUGGGGAGGGGAGCGUGUGUCUCCCCUAGUAUUUGCCUGAGGGCGAGUUGCUGGAGCUGUCCGGACAGCUGGUCGCCUGGAUCCCUGCUGGCCUCCUCCCUCCCCUUCCCAUCUCGCUGUCAGCCCCGAGUCCCCAGUCCUCAGUGGCGAGUGGCCGCUGUCGCCGAGGAGUUUCAGGCGCCUAACGAUGCAAGGAGUGGACGUGACGGUCACAGCUUCAGCCUCCAUGAAAGUGCCUGAACCCGAUGUGAAAGCUGAAGCGCCCGUCCAUAAACCGGUGGGAAGAGGAAGGGGAUGGCAAUAUAGUGAUCAUAUGGAGAAUGUGUGUGGAUACUUGAUGAAGUACACCAAUCUUGUCACAGGAUGGCAAUAUCGGUUCUUUGUUUUAAAUCAUGAAGCUGGAUUGCUGGAAUAUUUUGUCAAUGAGCAGUCCAGAAGUCAGAAGCCAAGAGGCACUUUACAGCUAGCAGGGGCUGUCAUCUCACCAAGCGAUGAAGACUCUCACACAUUUACUGUCAAUGCCGCCAUUGGAGAACAGUAUAAACUAAGAGCUACUGAUGCAAAAGAACGCCAGCACUGGGUCAGUAGACUUCAGAUUUGUACGCAGCAUCAUACAGAAGCUAUUGGGAAGAAUAAUCCACCAUUGAAAUCGAGAAGUUUUCCCUUGGUUUCUCAAGGAAGCUGUUCUCCAGGUGUGCAGAGAAGAGCAAGUCAAAAUACUGCUGCUUUUUUUGGUGUCAUUCAUCAUAAGACACAGGGACUGUCAAAGCGAUCCCACACCCUGCAACCAGACCAUUUGGUGGAUGUUCGUGAGAUGAUGAACCAGGCUGAAGGGCAACACAAGGAAUUGGUCCGGGCUAUUGAAGGACUUCCUCCCUUUGGAGAACAAAUAUCAUCACUGGACCAAGAUCUGCUUAUGCUCAAAGCCACCACAAUGGCAACAAUGAACUGUUUAAGUGAUUGUUUCCAUAUUCUCCAACUUCAACAGGCAUCCAACCAGAAAAGUUGUUUUUCUACAUGUGAAAGAGAUUGCAACAAAGGCAAAGUGCUGGAUGAACUCAGCAGGUCAAGCAGCAUCUGUGGAGGAACAACAAUUGAAUGGUUGGAGCCGAAAUUAUCACUAUCAGACAACCUCAAGAACGGAAAUGAACAUCAGUCGUCAACUGAGAAGACUCAGUCAAAAGCUGCUUGUGAAGAUCAGCCAGCUUCUGAACACUACCAAAUGACACGGAAAUGCCCUUGCAUACUUUUUCAUCAUUUUGGGAAGUGGAGUGACCAAUUCAAUCUUGCUGAGCCAGGGUUACAGGAGAAUGCAUUAGGCUAUAAGAAAGCUGUAACUGUCCCUCUCGUACUGCAUUACAAUUUUCCUAAGGAACCUGAAGAAAUAAACCCAGAUGAUGAAAGAGAAGAUUCUAUUGAGGAUGAGGAGGAAGAUAAUCUGGAAGUGGUUGAAGAGCAGCGUAGCGUGAUAUUACACUUGUUAUCUCAGCUGAAGCUUGGUAUGGAUUUGACACGAGUGGUCCUUCCAACCUUUAUCCUGGAGAAACGUUCACUACUGGAGAUGUAUGCGGAUUUUAUGUCCCACCCAGACCUCUUCAUUGCUAUCGCAGAUGGUGCUACUCCUGAAGAGAGGAUGAUCCGUUUUGUUGAGUAUUACCUCACCUCAUUCCACGAAGGCCGCAAAGGAGCUGUAGCUAAGAAACCGUACAAUCCAAUUAUUGGUGAAACAUUUCACUGCUCAUGGAACGUACCAAAAAACGCCAGCAGUGUAUUGUGUAAUACCUCAUCACAGAGUUGUCUGCUGAAAUCAGAGUGCUCUGAUGGCUUGGAGGGAAGAGGCCAGUCAGACUAUCUUUUAAGAUUUGUGUCAGAGCAGGUGUCCCAUCAUCCACCUGUCUCAGGAUUUUAUGUAGAGUGUGAAGAGAAAAACAUAUGUGCAAACACUCACGUAUGGACAAAAAGCAAGUUCAUGGGCAUGUCUAUUGGAGUCGUAAUGAUUGGGGAAGGUCUUCUGUGUCUCUUGGACCAUGGAGAAGAGUACACCUUUACCCUUCCUUGUGCUUAUGCUCGUUCUAUUUUAACCGUUCCUUGGGUAGAGCUGGGAGGGAAAGUUAAUGUCAACUGCGCAAAGACUGGUUACUCUGCAGCUAUAACAUUUCACACAAAACCAUUUUAUGGUGGAAAACUUCACAGAGUGACGGCGGAAGUGAAGCACAAUACGACAAACACUGUUGUAUGCAGAGUGCAGGGUGAAUGGAAUGGUGUGCUUGAAUUCACUUACAGCAAUGGAGACUCAAGAACCAUUGAUGUCACGAAACUUCCUGUCACCAAAAAGAGAGUGCGACCCAUGAAGAAACAAGGCCCUUUCGAAUCCAGGCGCUUGUGGCAACACGUGACUGAAGCUUUGAGGGUAAAAAACAUAGUAAAGGCAACUGAACACAAGAGCUUACUAGAGGAACGUCAGAGGUCAGAAGCCCGCCACCGUGCAGAGACCGAGACACUGUGGAAGACAAAGUAUUUCCAUCAAGAGGGUGAUGGAUGGAUCUAUUACAAGCCGCUGUGGAAAGCUGCAAGAGACUAUACUGAGACAGCAUCACCAGCACCUUAGGUCCUGUGCAACUGGACUGCAGCAACAUGGUUUUAAGUAAUAAGCAAUCACAUCCAUAGCUGUGACCAAUGUUAUUUAACCAUGAUGGUUUCAUAUUAAAUUGUAAAAUGCAGUAAAUCUCUCAGCUGCUUUUAUUAAAUAUUGUGUGUCUGUAUGAUAUAAUGUAAGAUUGCUUUACACAUUGGCAUGUUAGCAGAAAGGACUUUAAAAUUACAGGACAAUGAGUGAAUUUUUAUCUUCAACUACAUUUUAUAUCUUAUCUGAAGCCUUUUGACAAUUACUUUUUGGCGAGGAUCUUGUAUUAUUUUAACACCUAUAUUUGAAAAGAUAUUACUUUAAUGAUUGCAGCCUCAGAACAAAAAACUAUUUCUAAUUGGCACAGUGAAGUGCUCUUUUGGCUUGUUCAUGCAGUUGACAAGAAAGGCUGAAAUGCUGGACUGUUGAUCAGCCUAUGGAACUAUUGCAACAAAAUAUGCCAGAGUGAUCCUUUGGCUUAACCUAUUGCAUAUGAUCUUUUUAAGAAGAAGACUAUUCAGGAAAAAUUUGUCAUAUGAAGUUCCUUUACGUACAUUUCUUUAAAAAUUGCGGGCAAUUAAGAAACUAUCCCCCAAAAAAGGGUAAGCAGAUUGAAAGCAGUGAAUACUUGUUUCCAAAGUGUGCCUUACACUGUAUCCUGUGUUGAUUUUUUUUCUUUUAAGUAUAGUCUUCCAAUUAGUAUGUGUGAAAUUAUCUGUUGCAGUUUAAAUACGGAUGUUAAUUUUCAUCUCGAACUGAAAAUGUAGUGAAUCUUAUAAAUUUUAUUUCAUCCUUUUUACUAAAACUGCGUAGCAAGCAAACUUCCAUGAAUUGAAGAUUUUUUUUUAAAGGAAGUGAUUUUAAAUUAAUUACUUUCAGGAGAACAACGUGGAUGGUGAAAUCAUGAUUGUUUUAUGUGUGCAGAAGUUCCAUGAGUUAAACUUCUAAAGACACAAAGUAAAUGAUGCUCUUUCACAGUAAUACCCAUCAUUGCUGCAGAGAUUUAUUUUGCUUAUUUUGUGUGUGUGGCAAUAAAUUUGAAAUACCACAAGGUACUACUGAGCAUUUUAUGUUAUAUGAGAAUUAUUUUGUUUGUUAAAUAUGGCCUCUGUGACAAUGAAAGUGCUGUUCACAUUUCAUGAAUGUCUUGUGAUCCAUACAAUAACAAGAGAAAAAAAUGUUUUUCUAGUUUUUGUGUAAGGCAUAACUUAUAAACUCAACUCUUAAGUUAUGAAAUUUUCCACAUCAGCUAAGUUUUCAUUCAUUUGUGUGGAACUUCAAUUUCAAUUUUUCUUUUUAAAGUUGAAUUGAAAUUAACUGAACAAAUCUUAAUUCACAAAGACUUUGUUUUGUUACUGGAGUAUUACAGAAAUAGAAAGUUCAUUCUGUGAUAUAUUGAAUAUGGAGAGAUACUAAAACAGAAAAUAUCAUUACUCAUUGUAUUUGAAAUAAAAGUUCAACUGUAUUGCUUGUCUCACACUACUUUGAUACUAUAGUACUGUAUAUUUUGAAACGGUAUCCAAUGCACUGAAGGGAG